CUAGGACUGCCUAGUGUGCUGUCCACUGUGCCGGACCUGCCGACGCCACCCAGCAGCUCCUGCUACAGCCCCAGCCGCGACAACAGCCGGAACCCCCUGACGUCGCAGCAGCUGCCCUCCAACCUCAGCGUCUUCACGGCAACCACCGGCGCGCUGUCGGCGCUGCUGCUGCAGCAGCACGCGACGCCGACAACGGGCCAGGCCGUGGCGGCAGACGCCACCGCGGCCAACGCUGCAGCGGCGGCCGCCGCGGCACUCGCGGCGGCGACGACCAGCUCCUCCUCCGCUGCCGACCACGCCGGCGGCGGCGGGGCCGGAUCGGCAGGUCGUGCAGGCAGCUGCGAGAGUACCAACCACCAUAACCACCACAUUCACAAUACCUUUGCGCCCCUGGAGCGACGUCUGGCGGCGUCGCCGCUAUCCCCCGUUCCCGUGACCCGCGGGCUGAUGUCAUCGUCCGCGGCCGCUGCCGCCGUCGCCUCCGGUGGCGGCAUCGCCAGUGAAGCCUUCGGGGCGCCGGGGCCGCUG